GUGAUUGGUUGCGACUGAGCAAUCCCAGCUCUGAUUGGGUUGAUGUAGUUCAAAACACCAACAUUCGUCACCACGAAAAGAAAGCAUGGCGGCCCCCAGGAGGAGCGUGGGUAAACCUAUCGCGGACCGUUUACCGUGCAAUACCACCAGUUUUCAGAAGAAAUCGCGAAGCAAACUAGUUUCAAUACCUGGCACGAGACCUUCGGUUCAAAAUGGGCAACUUAUUGUUUCGACUGGUGUCACAUCUCUUGACUACGUGAUUGGUGGUGGGUUAGCAGUUGGAACCCUUCUACUCAUAGAGGAGGACCGAUAUGACAGCUACUCUCGUAUGCUGCUCAAGUACUUCCUGGCAGAGGGGGUGGUGUGUGGACAUGAGCUCUACGUGGCGUCUGCUCUGGACCACCCCAAUGACAUCCUACAGGAACUCCCCGCCCCCAUCCUGGAUGACAUCGCCAGCCCCAAAACAAUGGAGGAGCAGACAAAGUCAUGUGACCCUGAGAAUCAGGACGGCAUGAAGAUCGCAUGGCGCUACCAGCACCUGCCAAAAGUACAGACGGCCCUGGCGUCCUCGUCGAGGUUCGGACACUACUACGACGUCUCCAAGACAAUGGACCCUGAGAUCUGCCAGGCGGCCAGAUGCCACGGCUUCUACCUUCCAGAACACUCCACCGCUGUGACAUCAGCACCCACCGCCACCGGCCAGAGCCCUAUGCCAGAGGCCUACUCCUCUCUGCUGAACAAUCUCCAGGAGGUCAUCCACAGGGAAGGCUUUGAUGGAUCCGUACCCCAGACCAAGUCACGGAACAUCCUACGGAUCGGGCUGCACUCGCUCGGCUCCGCCCUAUGGGGUGACGACCUGUGUUGCCGUGAAAACCCCAGGCACGGCCACGCCCUCACCACCUUCCUUUACGGCCUCCGGUCCAUGCUGAGGUCAUCGCUCUCUGUCGCUGUGGUUACCGUGCCCUCACACCUCAUCCAGAACAGAGCUCUGAUGGGCAAUAUAACCAGGUUGUGUGACACGGCCAUCGCUCUAGAGUCCUUCAGAGGCUCAGAGAGAGAGACCAACCCCCUGUACAAAGAUUACCACGGUCUGCUAGAUGUGCGCCAGGUGCCCUAUCUGAACUGCCUGGUGUGUGAUCUGCCCGACAACAAGGACCUGGCCUUCAAACUCAAGAGGAAGCAGUUCACCAUUGAGAGACUACAUCUGCCUCCAGACCUGUCAGAGACAGUGAGUCGUGUGAGCCGGGGAGAGCUGACAGGGACAGCCAUGGUGGGCUCCUCAGGCUGUGGCUCCGGCACCGCUGGCAACAAACACCUGGACUUCUAGAACCCCACUCACCAUCAUCGCCGAAGGCAACCAACACCUGGACCUGUGGAACCGCUGGGACGCCUUUGCCAUGGCAACCCGUUACCCAUGUUUACUCUGCAGACUGUUACACCACUGUCACAUUGUCAACCAUUUCCCUGCCAACCGUUUUCCUUCACCAACUGUCCAAGUGGCCUAGCAUAUGUUUUUUGAGAAGUUGAAUAAAUGUGUGCAAAUCCA